AUGGGAGACCUGUGGUUGCUCCUGCUCCUGUCCCUGUCCCUGGCAAUCUUUCAUGGGGUCAAAGGAUGCUUGGAAUGUGACCCCAAAUUCAAAGAAGAUAUAAGGUCCUUGCUGGCAAAUAUUGUACCCACAGAAGUCCCUGGAAGAACUCAUUUCCUUGAUCGGCAGAGUAACAAAUUGAUCCAUUUAAGCUCCAAGGUCUCCCACAGGCGCAAGAUGCUUCGGGUGUUGGCUGUUCAACAGGUUGUUAACUUGAGAAUAUUCCUGAAGAAUGAACUCUCUAGAUUGAGCAAUGAAACAUGGAAAGGUACCUUUAUCCUUCAAGGCAAGCUCCUCAAUGUCCGCCAAAACCUGGAAUCCAACCUGAAAGAAGUAUUAAAGAACUUCUCUGACAUUGCUUGUUCUGAAGAUUGUGUUGUGACUGAAGGUCCUAUCCUGGACUGUUGGACCUGUCUCCGCAUCACCACCAAAUGCUUCAAAGGAGAUUAUUGUGGAGAAGAGGAUGUAAAGUUGGCUGAGGCUCGAGAGAUUGCACUAUUUUUGAUAUUCCUAGCAGGAGCUGUAAUAUUGGGAAGUGCCUGGUUACUAUUCCAUAUUUGUGUCACUCAUCGGAGGAAAAUGAAGGCAAUACGACGGUCACUAAAAAAAUAUUUGGAGAAGAAACUUGAAGAAUUAAUGGGAAUAACAGAUGAGAGGAAGGAGAGCAAAGAAUUCGAAACCAUCGAAUAA